UUCACAAUGGAUGGAGACUAUAUGAUUGGAGGAGUGUUUUCCACCCAUAACAGCAUUCCCACAGUGAGGCAUGACUACACCAUCAUGCCUGAGCCACUGAGGUGCACAGGAAGUGUUGAAUCCCGUGAACUACAUUUCUCACGUGCAAUGAUCUUUGCCAUUGAGGAGAUAAACAACAGCACAAAGCUGCUUCCAGGCAUCAGGCUUGGUUAUCAGAUCCACGACUCGUGCACAUCGGUUCCAGUGGCAGUGAAAGUGGCCUUGCAACUUACAAAUGGACUGGAUGUGUCCUAUUAUACUGAGAGAAAUUGCUCCCACUCUGGUGUGACAUUGGCAGUUGUUGGUGAAACUGGGUCUGGUCACUCCGUCGCCAUGUCACGCAUCAUGAGGUCUUUUAACAUUCCGCAAGUGAGCCACUUUGCCACUUGUGCAUGUUUGUCCAAUAAGCAGCAGUUCCCCAGUUUCUUCAGAACAAUUCCCAGUGAUAAGUUUCAAGCUGAUGCACUGGCUAAACUGGUAAAGCAGUUUGGCUGGACUUGGAUUGGAGCUGUCCGAUCAGAUUCAGAUUAUGGAAACUAUGGGAUGGCAUCUUUCCUGAAUGCAGCAUACAAAGAGGGGAUCUGUGUGGAAUACUCUGAAUCUUUCUAUCGUACCCAACCACGUAACAGGAUAAAGAAAGUGGCUGAUGUUAUUCGCAGGUCAACAGCUGUCGUUGUUGUGGCAUUUGUGGCUGCUAGUGACAUGAGGAUUCUGAUGGAGGAGCUUUCUCGUGAACUUUCUUCACCUCGUCAGUGGAUAGGCAGCGAGUCCUGGGUAACUCACCCAGACAUGCUGAGAUUUACAGUAUGUGCUGGAGCUGUGGGGUUUGGUAUCCCUCGAUCUGUCAUCCCAGGUCUGAGAGACUUCCUGCUGGAUCUGUCUCCGACUAAAGUGGCAGCUUCCCCAGUAUUAACAGAGUUCUGGGAGGAUGCCUUCAACUGCACUAUCAAGAAAGGUGCUACAACAGAAAAGAGUGUAUGCAAUGGAAGUGAAGACAUACAGAAUCUCCAGAACGCCUACACUGACACAUCUCAGCUCCGUGUCACCAACAUGGUGUACAAGGCUGUUUAUGCAAUAGCUCAUGCCAUUCAUAAUGAUGUGUGUCAUGAGAUUGAUUCUACAACUCAGUGUGACAAACUCACAAAAAUAGAGUCCAAACAGAUUCUUACUCAACUGAAGAAAAUCAACUUCUUUCAAAAUGGCUAUCAUGUGUCGUUUGAUGCCAAUGGGGAUCCUGUGGCCAUGUAUGAGCUGGUUAACUGGCAGAAAAGUAAGAGUGGCAGCCUUGAGAUGGUGACAGUAGGAUACUAUGAUGCUUCACUGCCAGAGGGCCAAGAGUUCCACAUCUACCAGAACCUCACCUGGAUGGAGGACAGGACACAGGUGCCUAUAUCAGUGUGCACUGACAGCUGUCCUUCAGGAACUCAUAAAGUGCUGCAGAAAGGAAAACCCAUCUGUUGUUAUGACUGUGUCCCAUGUCCUGAGGGAGAAAUUAGCAACACCACAGAUUCACUCAAUUGUUUCCUUUGCCCAAAAGAAUUCUGGCCUAAUGUAAAGAGAGACGCUUGUUUACCAAAGCCUGUGGAGUUUCUCUCUUACAACGAGGUUCUAGGAAUCAUCUUGGCUACAUUCUCCAUUGGUGGAGCUUGUCUUGCUGUUAUAACUGCAACUGUGUUCUUCCGUCACAGAACCUCCCCCAUAGUCAGGGCCAACAACUCUGAGCUGAGCUUCCUGCUGCUCUACUCUUUGACUCUGUGCUUCUUAUGCUCAUUAAUUUUCAUUGGAGCCCCCUCAGAGUGGUCCUGCAUGCUGAGACACGCAGCGUUUGGCAUCACCUUCGUCCUCUGCAUCUCUUGUGUUCUGGGGAAAACUCUAGUUGUGUUGAUGGCCUUCAAAGAAACACUACCAGGAAGCAAUGUCAUGAAGUGGUUUGGUCCUCCACAGCAAAGAAUGACUGUGGUGUCUUUCACAUUUAUCCAAGUUUUAAUCUGCAUUAUUUGGUUGCUUUUUCAUCCACCAUUUCCAAUGAAGAAUUUAAGCACAUACAAGGACAGAAUCAUCCUGGAGUGUGCAUUAGGUUCAGCAGUUGGGUUCUGGGCUGUGCUGGCCUACAUAGGCCUGCUUGCUGUGUUUUGCUUUGUGUUGGCUGUUUUAGCUCGAAAACUACCUGAUAAUUUCAAUGAAGCCAAGUUGAUCAGCUUCAGCAUGUUGAUAUUCUGUGCAGUCUGGAUCACCUUUAUUCCAGCUUAUGUCAGCUCUCCUGGAAAAUUUACUGUGGCUGUGGAGAUAUUUGCUAUUCUGGCCUCCAGUUUUGGAUUAAUACUGUGCAUAUUUGCUCCAAAGCUUUUUAUUAUAUUGUUUAAACCAGAGAAAAACACCAAGAAACAUGUUAUGAACAACAAGUAAUUUUUAUAGUGCUGCAGUGUACUGUAAACACUUUGCUGUGUUUUUGUGCAGUUUGCUUUUCCUCUAUACAGUAUAUUCUAUAUGCUAUAUUAUAUUAAAAACUACUCUGAACUACAGAUCACGGGUUCAG